CACUCUCUCACUCACUGUAUCUCGUCUGCUGACUGAGGUAUUCCUACAAGCACAGACUGGGGCAGCUAGGAAUUACAGUGAGGCAGUUCUCUGUGUUUAUACAUUUUCACUCUCCCAGCUGUCUGUCCUCCUUUGGCUCUUCUCUCAGGAUCCUUUAGCCUGGACGCCAGCGAGCUCUCCCCAGGUCAGACGCUGUGGAUUUGCGGGUCACAGUUAGAUCAUGGAACGUGAAGGAACGGGAGAUGACCAUGGAAACUGGGUCACUGGCAGGCUCUCCUGACUGAUGCCUGUUUGGACCUGGAGUGAUGGGGUGCACCACCAGCACCGUUGUGUUUGACGGACUGCGUACUGUCUUAGAGAGAAACUGUAGUGGCUACAUCUGUAAGGGAGCAGCUGAGCCCAUUGGGCCAUCUGAGGCUGAACGAGCACUGAGUCGGAGAGAGUCGCGUGCUGUGCCAACUCCGCGAGUACUUAAGGUGAAGCCCAAGGUGAUUGAGCCCCUGGACUAUGAAAAUGUGCUGGUGCAGAGGAAGACGCAGAUCCUCAGCGACGUCCUCAGAGACAUGCUGCAGUUCCCCCUGGAGGACUUUGAAAUCUCAACUCUGAGGCGACAUGGGCGAACACUUUACCCAACAGUGCCUGAAAACGCAGAGAGAGAAGCUCAGAGUCUGUUUGUCCAAGAGUGCAUUAAGACCUACAAGUCAGACUGGCACGUUGUCAACUACAAGUAUGAGGACUAUUCUGGAGAUUUUCGACAGCUGCCAAACAAAGUGUCCAGGCCUGAUAAACUGGCGGUCCAUGUGUUUGAAGUGGAUGAAGAUGUUGACAAAGAUGAGGAUACGGCCUCCCUAGGUUCCCAGAAAGGUGGGAUCACCAAACAUGGCUGGCUCUACAAAGGCAACAUGAACAGUGCCAUCAGCGUCACUAUGAGGUCAUUCAAGCGGAGGUAUUUCCAUCUAACCCAGCUGGGAGACGGCUCUUACAACUUAAACUUCUACAAGGACGAGAAAAUCUCCAAGGAGCCUAAAGGAACUAUUUUCUUGGACUCCUGCAUGGGCGUGGUGCAGAACAACAAAGUUCGGAGGUUUGCCUUCGAGCUGAAAAUGCAGGAUAAGAGCACCUACCUGCUGGCUGCAGACGGUGAAGCAGAGAUGGAGGAAUGGAUCAACACCCUCAACAAGAUCUUGCACAGUAGUUUUGAGAUUGCCAUGCAGGAGAAAAGGAAUGGAGACAUUCAUGACGAUGAUGAUCUUGGAAAGUCAGACAGUUCCUCUGGCAGUAUGGACAGCUUUCAGAGCACAAGAGAUAUAGAGUCAAGGAUGAGGAGUGAAACCAGAUUGAAGCUCUUCACCCUGGACCCCGACACCCAGAAACUAGAUUUCUCAGGAAUUGAACCAGACGUAAAGCAGUUUGAGGAGAAGUUUGGCAAGCGUGUUCUGGUGAACUGCAAUGACCUCUCAUUUAAUCUGCAAAGUUGUGUCGCUGAGAAUGAGGAAGGACCAACAACCAAUGUGGAGCCAUUCUACAUCACCCUGUCACUGUUUGACAUCCAGAAUGGCAGAAAGAUUGCCUCUGAUUUUCACGUGGACUUAAAUCACCCAUCAGUCAGAGGGAUGGUGCCCAGCACUAUCAGCCAGUACAUGAACGGAGGUGGGGACACCCACCCAGAGGGGCCACGACUAGUCCACGGGGUGCCUGAAGCAGCCAUGCAGUAUCCCAGACAGGGAGUAUUUUCAGUUACAUGCCCACAUCCUGAUAUCUUCCUGGUGGCUCGUAUAGAAAAGGUGCUUCAGGGAGGAAUCAACCACUGUGCCGAGCCAUACAUGAAGAGUUCAGACUCCACAAAGGUGGCACAGAAGGUCCUGAAAAAUGCCAAGCUGGCAUGUAGUCGCUUAGGACAGUACAGGAUGCCUUUUGCCUGGGCAGCAAGGCCUUUGUUUAAAGACGCUUCAGGGACGCUUGACAAAAGUGCUCGUUUCUCGGCUCUGUACAGACAGGAUAGCAACAAGCUGUCAAAUGAAGAUAUGCUCAAACUGCUGGCCGACUUCAGAAAGCCAGAGAAGAUGGCCAAGCUGCCUGUAAUCCUAGGAAACCUCGAUGUUACCAUCGACAGUGUAGCCCCUGACUUGACAAAUUGUGUUACCUCAUCCUACAUUCCCGUGAAGCAGUUUGAUGUCACUGAGAAGACCAACAUCUUCUUUGAAGUGGAGGAGUUUGUGCCGUGCAUAGCCAAAUGUUCUCAGCCUUUCACCAUCUACAACAAUCACCUCUAUGUCUACCCAAAGCACUUGAAGUACGACAGCCAAAAGUCAUUUGCAAAGGCUAGAAAUAUAGCUGUCUGCAUUGAGUUCAAGGACUCAGAUGAAGACGAGGCUGUUUCACUGAAGUGCAUCUAUGGUCGGCCUGGAGGACCCUUGUUUACCAAAAAUGCCUUCGCUGCAGUAUUACAUCACCAGCAUAACCCUGAGUUUUACGAUGAGUUUAAGAUUGAGCUGCCAACACAACUCCAUGAGAAACACCAUCUGCUCUUCACCUUCUACCAUGUCAGCUGUGACAGCAACAGCAAGGCCAGCACUAAAAAGAGAGAACUGGUUGAGACGCAAGUGGGUUAUGCUUGGCUUCCCUUGCUAAAGGAUGGCCGGGUGAUCAUGAAUGAAAGUCACAUCCCCGUGGCUGCCAACCUGCCUGCUGGGUACCUUAGCUGUCAGGAAGGUGCCAGCAAGCACUCAAGUCCUGAGAUCAAAUGGGUGGAUGGAGGCAAGCCUUUAUUCAAGGUGUCCACUCACCUGGUGUCCACUGUCUACACUCAGGAUCAACAUUUGCACAAUUUCUUUCAUCACUGUCAGAACUUGGCGUCUGCAUCCCAAGUGUCAGGUGGAGAACUGGUCAAAUAUCUGAAGAGUCUUCAUGCCAUGGAGAGUCAUGUGAUGAUCAAGUUCCUGCCCACCACCUUGAAUCAACUCUUUCGAGUGUUAACCAGCGCCACCCAAGAGGACGUGGCAGUAAAUGUCACUAGAGUCAUGAUUCAUAUUGUUGCCCAGUGCCAUGAGGAGGGUUUGGAGCAUUACCUGAGAUCAUAUGUAAAGUAUGUGUUCAAGACUGAGCCGUACACGUCCACCACCACCCGAACAGUCCACGAGGAGCUGGCAAAAGCCAUGACCGCCAUCCUGAAGCCUUCCACUGACUUCCUCACCAGUAACAAGCUGCUCAAGUACUCCUGGUAUUUCUUUGAAGCUCUUGUCAAAUCCAUGGCUCAGUACUUGAUUGAGAGCUGUAAAGUGAAGCUCUCCAGGAACCAGCGUUUCUCUGCCUCCUUCCAUCACACUGUGGAGACUCUGGUCAACAUGAUGAUGCCUCACAUCACUCAGAAAUACAAGGACAACCUGGAUGCCGCCAGGAAUGCCAACCACAGCCUGGCAGUCUUCAUCAAGCGCUGUUUCAACCUGAUGGACAGAGGCUUUGCGUUCAAACAGAUCAACAACUACAUCAACUGUUUUAUGCCUGGAGACCCAAAGACACUGUUCGAGUUCAAGUUUGAGUUCCUGCGUGUUGUGUGUAACCACGAGCACUACGUCCCCUUAAACCUGCCCAUGCCGUUUGGAAAGGGAAGGAUACUGAGAUUUCAAGAUCUCCAACUGGAUUAUUCGCUGACAGACGACUUCUGUAAAAACCACUUCCUGGUCGGGCUGCUCCUCAGGGAGGUGAGUGCAGCUUUGCAGGAGUUCAGGGAAAUUCGUCAGAUAUCCAUCCAUGUGCUGAAGAACCUGAUGAUAAAGCACACAUUUGAUGACCGUUACACCUCUAAAAGCCAGCAGGCCCGGUUGGCCACGCUGUACCUGCCCUUGUUUGGUCUGCUCCAAGAAAAUGUCAACAGGGUGAAUGUGAAGGAAGUUUCUCCUUUCACCGUCAACCACUCCAACAAUAAUGGGAGAGAAGAUUCACUCCUCACCAAUGCUUUGAUGACACCCCCAAGAUCCAGCACAUUUUUGGACACCAGUUUACACAAAGAUGUUUUUGGAGCCAUUUCUGGCACUGCAUCACCUCAUACGUCGUCCACACCCAAUAUUAACUUAGUGCGUCACGCAGACUCUCGUGGCUCCCUCAUCAGCACUGAUUCUGGCAACAGUCUACCUGAGAAAAACGACAAAGGCAACUCCCUCGACAAGACGGACAAGUCUGUACGGAGACACUCUAUCAAUGUCCUGCGCUUCUUUGCGGAGACUGAGGAGUCCAUGCCUUCCAUGCGCUCCAAGCGUGUCACCAUGGACUUCUCCCAGCUCUCUGUCCCCUGUGAACCAGAGCGCCACCCACAGCCCAGCAUUUCACUUCAACCGGCGUCCACUCUGGGCAGCACCCUGCUGCGAUGUGACAAACUGGACCAGGCUGAGAUCAAAAGCCUCCUCAUGUGUUUCCUCCAUGUACUCAAAAGCAUGUCUGAGGAUGCCCUAUUCACAUACUGGAACAAGGCUUCAUCUGCUGAGCUAAUGGAUUUCUUCACUCUAGUGGAAGUGUGCCUUCAUCAGUUCAGAUACAUGGGAAAGCGAUACAUUGCGAGGAACCAGGAUGGGGCAGGACCCGUAGCACAUGAGCGGAAGUCUCAGACUCUGCCUGUGUCCCGUAACAGGGCGGGAAUGAUGCAUGCCCGCUUACAGCAGCUCAGCAGCCUGGAUAAUUCAUACACAUUUAACCACACAUACAGUCACUCCGAUGCAGAUGUGUUAAACCAGUCACUGCUGGAAGCCAACAUCGCUACAGAAGUUUGCUUAACCGUCCUGGACACACUCAGUAUCUUCAUCAUGGGAUUCAAGACACAGUUGUGUUCUGACCACGGCCACAGUCCACUCAUGAAGAAGGUAUUUGAGGUUCAUCUCUGUUUCUUGAAGAUCAACCAAUCAGAAACAGCCCUCAAGCAGGUCUUCACCUCACUACGGACCUUCAUAUACAAGUUUCCCUGCACAUUUUUCGAAGGCCGUGCAGACAUGUGCGCUGCUUUCUGCUAUGAGAUCUUGAAGUGUUGUAACUCCAAGCUGAGCUCCAUACGCAGCGAUGCAGCCCAUCUGCUCUACUUCCUCAUGAAGAGUAACUUUGACUACACAGGUCGCAAAUCCUUUGUCCGAACGCACUUACAGGUGGUGAUUGCUGUUAGUCAGUUGAUAGCUGAUGUCAUUGGUAUAGGAAGUACACGCUUCCAACAGUCUCUGUCAAUAAUCAACAAUUGUGCCAAUAGUGACAAAACUAUUAAGAACACAGCUUUCCCAUCAGAUGUGAAGGACCUAACCAAACGAAUCAGAACAGUGUUGAUGGCUACGGCUCAGAUGAAGGAGCAUGAGAGGGACCCGGAGAUGCUGGUGGAUCUGCAGUACAGCCUGGCCAAGUCCUACGCCAGCACCCCUGAGCUGCGCAAGACCUGGCUGGACAGCAUGGCUCGAAUCCAUGUGAAGAAUGGAGACCUGUCUGAGGCAGCCAUGUGUUAUGUGCAUGUUGCAGCACUUGUGGCAGAAUACCUCCGUAGAAAAGGGAUGUUCAAGCAGGGCUGCUCAGCUUUCCGUGUUGUGACCCCAAACAUCGAUGAGGAAGCAGCGAUGAUGGAGGAUGUCGGCAUGCAAGAUGUCCACUUCAAUGAGGAUGUCCUAAUGGAGCUGUUAGAGGAGUGUGCAGAUGGACUAUGGAAAGCUGAACGUUACGAGCUCAUCUCUGACAUCUACAAGCUCAUAAUCCCCAUUUAUGAGAAGCGCAGGGACUUUGAGAAACUGGCCCACUUGUAUGACACACUGCACCGUGCAUACAGUAAAGUGACAGAGGUCAUGCAUACAGGCAAAAGACUGCUGGGAACCUACUUCAGAGUGGCAUUCUUUGGUCAGGCAGCGCAGUACCAGUUUACUGAUUCAGAGGCGGAGGGCUUCUUCGAGGAUGAGGAUGGUAAGGAAUACAUCUACAAAGAACCCAAAUUCACCCCCCUGUCGGAGAUCUCUCAACGGCUCCUCAAGUUAUACUCAGACAAGUUUGGACAGGAGAAUGUGAAGAUGAUUCAGGACUCUGGGAGGAUUAAUCCCAAAGAUCUUGACUCUAAGUAUGCAUACAUCCAAGUGACACAUGUGACCCCUUACCUGGAUGAGAAGGAGCUGACAGACAGGAAGACAGACUUUGAAAAGAGCCACAAUAUACGUCGAUUUGUGUUUGAGAUGCCUUUUACCAUCUCAGGGAAGAGGCAAGGCGGUGUGGAGGAGCAGUGUAAGCGCAGGACAAUACUAACAACCACGCAUUGUUUCCCCUAUGUAAAGAAACGUAUCGCAGUGAUGUAUCAGCACCACACUGACCUGAGCCCCAUCGAGGUUGCCAUCGAUGAAAUGAGCAAAAAGGUGGCUGAGAUCAAACAGCUCUGCUCGUCCAGUGAAGUGGACAUGAUACGUCUGCAGCUCAAACUGCAGGGAAGCAUCAGUGUCCAGGUAAAUGCAGGGCCACUUGCAUACGCUCGUGCUUUUCUGGAUGAUGCAAGCGCCAAGAAAUAUCCUGAUAACAAAGUCAAACAACUGAAGGAGGUCUUCAGGCAUUUUGUGGAGGCAUGCGGCCAUGGUUUGGGUAUUAAUGAAAGACUGAUUAAAGAGGAUCAACAGGAGUACCAUGAUGAGAUGAAAGCCAACUAUCGAGACUUGGCCAGAGAGCUGUCCAUCAUCAUGCACGAGCAAAUCAGUCCUGUGGAAGAUGGCAUGAAGAGCGUUCUUCCAGACUCGCUUCACAUCUUUAAUGCCAUCAGCGGCACGCCAACAAGUACCACCAUCCAGGGCAUCCCUAGCUCCUCCUCUGUGGUAUGAUGCUAGCCAGGGUUAGCCUCGACCUCUGCGCCCUCCAUACUUGCCAACCGGGCAUGCCAGCGAUGCCAUAUGUAAACCCAAUCCUGCUUUUCUGCAGUCAUCUUAGAGGGAAUCUGACAAAAGCGCAGACAGCUCCGGCCACCUCUUAUCCUUAAAGUUGCAUUUUGGCGUCUUUAUUAGGCUGCAACAAAAGCACUGGACUUUUUUUUAUGUAAACACACAGCAUGAUAACUGUGGUGGGUGAAGCCAAUUGAAUAUUUUGGUGACAGUUUGGAGGUGAAUCAGCAGGAGAUGGAGCUGCACAGGAAACAUGACAGGACGCAGACUUAAGACAUGUCCCUUCACCUGUUUCUACCUGAAAAGACUGGGUAGUGUUCGUCCUGUGGGGAUCUUUAAUAUGCAUGUCAUUACAUCACAACUACCGCCCUUCUAAUUGUUUUUUUUUUAAUUUGAUAAUGUGUCACAUUGUGUUUUAUAUGUACAGUAUUCCACUUUUAUAAACCACUGUAUUGAUUUUUUUUUUAAAAAGUAUAUGCUGCAUACAUUGAUGCUCAUCUCCCUGUACAUGGUGUUAUAUUUCUACAAAAAUAAACAGUCCCUCCUUUGACUCAUGUUAGCAUUCAGACUUAAUCACUUCAAUGUCUUAGAGCGGGAGACUUUUGAAAUAUUUAAAGCCAUUGCAUACAAGAAGUAUAUUCCUUGUUGUUUAUUAAUGUAUAUACAAAGGAGUGCGUGCAAUAUUUGCAAAGUAUCUUGCUGUGUGGGGGCUCAUACACUGUAUAGAUGAUGUUCACCUUUUUGCCAAAGCGAUGAGGUGUGGAACCAGACACUACACCUACUGUGGAAGUAAUAUGAAGCUUUUACCAUUUUAGUGUUCAAUGAAAUGUUCAAAAAUUGUUUUAUAUUUGGGGCAGCGAUGUUUUUUUUGUUUUGUUUUUUUUUUUUUAAUUUAACAUAAAGUCACUGUUCUGCUGUAAACAGAAAUGUUCCCUAAUGCUUUUCUUUUAAAUAAAAUACACCAACUCUC